AUGCACCAGCGCCAAAUACAGUUUGUGGCCCAGGAGUGGAAGUGCCAACCAAACAAGUUUUUGACUCCAGCGAACGAAAGACACGAGAUUCUGCUUGGAUCAGCCAACAUGCUGUUUGGUUCUUUGGUAUCAGGAGUGAUUGGCUGCUAUAUAUCAAAUGGCGGUUACAGUAAGAUGUAUUAUGGAUUUUCUGAGUACGGCUGGAGUUAUCUGCCCCUCUCAGCAUUUGCACUGUACAUAUACAGCGACUGCGCGAUGUACUACAUCCAUCGCAUGCUCCAUAUCCCUUUUCUGUACAGACACAUCCACAAGGUGCACCAUCGCUACCAUCAGCCCACAGCAUUCUCUGCUACAGCCAUGCACCCAGUGGAGUUUAUCUUAUACCAGGGAUACAUGGCUAUCGUUCCUUUCAUGGUCCCCAUCCAUCCAGGUAUCAAACUAUCUUUAUAA